UUUCCGUUAUAUUUUUUUGAAUUUAAUAUGGCGAGUGGUCGGAAAAUUAGCGAUAUUACAACAAAGAAUCGUGCGAUGACACCGUUUUUUGCAUGGAUUCGUGAUAAACUUCUCGCUGUUGAUCGUCAGAAUAUAACGCCUCCUCCCGGUUUGCCGACUCCCAAUGGAAAAGCAAAGUUUUUAAAUCCACUUCGAUUUCCCAAUACACAAUCGGAGCGUGAUCAACCGGAUCCUUCAUUGCCUGGAGGUGUGAAUCACAAGCUUUUCAGCAAUUAUUAUUUGGAACGUGAUGCCAGACGAGAAGUGAAACCACCUAAUCCGCUUUAUGUUCAUAGCAGCGCUGGAGCUUCCUUCACCAGUGUUAAUGGUAGACCUUUAAAGUUAACGUUAUCCCUUUCCAUUGAAAAAGGUACCGUAAUCGUAACUCGAUCGUUGCCGUUUAUCUCAAACUUGGAUAAUUAA